CGCUCUGCGGGGAGGAUGCCGGCGGGCUCUGGGAGCGUGCGCGGCCACGUGACGGCCGCUAUAAGAGCGCUGCGGGCGGACGCUUCGCUCCCGCCGCGCCUCCUCGCUGGCUGCGCUUGUUCUCGGCGCCCAGGUUCCCCGAGUCACCGACCUGCGGCUGCGGCGGCCGACCGCGGCACCAUGACAGAUCAGGCCUUUGUGACACUGACCACAAACGAUGCCUAUGCCCAAGGAGCUCUGGUCCUGGGCUCGUCUCUGAAACAGCACAGGACCACCAGGAGGCUGGCCGUGCUCGCCACGCCGCAGGUCUCAGACUCCAUGAGGAAAGUUUUAGAAACAGUCUUUGAUGAAGUCAUCAUGGUAGAUGUCUUGGAUAGUGGCGAUUCUGCUCACCUGACCUUAAUGAAGAGACCUGAGUUGGGUGUCACAUUAACCAAGCUCCACUGCUGGUCCCUCACCCAGUAUUCAAAGUGCGUGUUCAUGGACGCAGAUACUCUGGUCCUAGCAAAUAUCGAUGAUCUUUUUGAGAGAGAAGAAUUGUCAGCCGCACCAGACCCAGGAUGGCCUGACUGCUUCAAUUCCGGAGUGUUUGUUUAUCAGCCUUCAAUCGAAACGUACAAUCAGCUAUUGCACCUUGCUUCUGAGCAAGGUAGCUUUGAUGGUGGGGACCAGGGUUUACUGAAUACGUUUUUUAGCAGCUGGGCAACAACAGAUAUCAGAAAACACCUGCCAUUUAUUUAUAACCUAAGCAGCAUUUCUAUAUACUCCUACCUCCCGGCAUUUAAAGCAUUUGGAGCAAACGCCAAAGUGGUGCAUUUCCUGGGACGAAUCAAACCAUGGAGUUAUGCUUAUGAUCCGAAAACGAAAAGUGUCAGAAGCGAGCCCCACGAUCCCAACGUGACUCAUCCAGAGUUUCUCAGCCUGUGGUGGGACAUCUUCGCUGCCAAGGUUUUACCUCUGCUUCAACAAUUUGGCCUUGUCAAAGAUGCCAGCUCAUGCCUAAGUGUGGAAGGUGUCUCAGGAGCUGUAUCCCAUCUGUCCCUCGGAGAGAGCCCAGCUACAGCACAGCCUUUUGUAUCUUCAGAAGAACGGAAGGAGCGCUGGGAACAGGGCCAGGCUGAUUACAUGGGAGCAGAUUCCUUUGACAACAUCAAGAGGAAACUUGACACUUACCUCCAGUAGACACACUGCCAUUUUCCUAUGGACACAUCCCUUCACAGGCACUUAUUUCUGAUACUUAGUACCUAGAGCUGGGUUAAGAAAGGUCUGUUAUGGUUGCUAGAGGCUUUCACGAAAAGUCAUCAGAUGAGGGGAUUUUGCAGGGCAACAGGUGAGAACUGGGCAAAAGUGGUGAAGCAGCAGUUUUGUGGUAUGGAUGGUGUUGUGCUUUUUAACCCUGGGCUUGUUCAGCUAACAUUUCAGAAAUAGUUAUGCUGAUUGCCAGCAUAUGCGGUAAGGGAAACACACUCCUAAACUAGUAAGGUGGCUCUAUCAACUUAAAUGUGCCAAGCCAGGCUCCAAGUCCAUUUCCCUUCACAACGGGACAGGGCAUCUGUCUCUUGCUUGCUUGCUUGUACCCAUCAUGAGACCUGCAUUUUAGGAUUGCCCAGAGGCUGCCAGAGUGGUUGUAAUUCUGCUUUCAGGUGAAGACAGCCUGUAAUAACACUGCUAGUGAUUCAUAAAUAUAUCAGCAAAUGGCGUUGGCCCAUUUUCUUUUCUGAGUCUUAGCGUCUGAAGUUGUUCACCGGUUUGCUAUGGCAGCAUGCUGAAAUGCUUUGUUCAGUUCUGUGUAUCUGCAAACAGCAGUGGUUUCUGAUGGUUACCUGCAGUGACACCUUGUAUGAAAAAUAAAGACUUAUUGCGAUA